UGAAAAUUCACUAUACAUACACAAUUCACCAAAAGCUUGUUCAGUUGGCCAACAGAUGAGAGCAGAGAAAAAUCGACCCAAGAAAUGGCGUUCCAUUAUUUCCUGCUACUUUCACAGGUUUUCCUCCUCUUAGUCUCGUCAUCUUCAUGGACAUCUGUGGCUUUCACGAUUCAACAGACCUUCUUUCAUUGCCUUUCGACCAAUUCAAUGAACUCUGUUGCGCUUUCCUCAUAUUACACCCCGAAUAACAUCUCUUCAUUCACGUCCAUCCUCAAUUCGACCGCAAACAACCUCCGAUACUUGCUUCCAACGGUGCCAAAGCCCGUCAUCAUCUUCACCCCACUGUCAGAUGCCCAUGUCCAGGCUGCUGUCCUUUGCUCGAAGCAGCUUGGGCUUGCCAUCCGCGUCCGGAGUGGGGGCCAUGACUACGAGGCAGUCUCCUAUGUCUCCCAGAUUGAGUCCCCUUUCCUCGUGCUCGACCUGGCCGGACUCCGUGCCAUUGAGGUUGACAUCGCCCAGGGCACUGCGUGGGCCCAGGCAGGGGCCACAGUUGGGGAGGUCUAUUACCGGAUUGCUGAGAAGAGCAAGAUCCACGGGUUCCCGAUGGGCGUGUCCACAAGCCUUGGCAUCGGUGGCCACAUCACCGGAGGGGCCUACGGGACAAUGAUGAGGAUGUUCGGGCUGGGGGCUGACAAUGUGCUCGAUGUCCGAAUGGUGGACGCCGAGGGGAAGAUUCUUGACCGGAAGGCAAUGGGGGAGGAUCUGUUCUGGGCACUAAGGGGAGGCGGUGGAGGCAGUUUCGGCAUAAUCCUGGCUUGGAAGCUGAAAUUGGUCAAUGUGCCUGAGACUGUGACUGUGUUCACAGUCACCAAGACCCUCGAAGAAGGCGCAACGAAGCUCCUGGUCAAAUGGCAAAAGAUAGCACCAAAGCUUGAUGACAGGCUCUUCAUCAGAGUCAUCAUCCGGCCCUCAAGCGCCAACCUGACGGUGAACCGCACCGUGACAGCCUCCUAUAUGGCCCUCUUCCUGGGAGACCCGGACACCCUCCUUGGGAUCAUGGGCAAGCGCUUUCCUGAGCUGGGCCUGACACGGGCCAACUGCACCAGGAUGAGCUGGAUCGGGUCGGUCCUGUACAUGGCGCUGUAUCCAAACGUGACUGCUCCGGAGGUCCUCCUGCAAGGGAAGCCCCAGUUUCAGAGCUAUUUCAAGUCCAAGUCCGACUUCGUGAGGGCCCUGAUCCCAGAGAAGGGCCUCUUGGGCCUUUGGAAAAUAUUCUUGGAGGAGGAGAUCCCACUCAUGAUAUGGAACCCAUAUGGUGGGGAGAUGGACCGGGUCCCUGCAUCGGCGACACCAUUCCCGCACCGGCGCGGCACGCUGUUUAAGAUCCAAUACGCAGUGUCUUGGCAGGAUGGGGCCGAGAACAUGUCCAGGCACAUAAGCUGGAUCAGGAAGCUGUAUGACUACAUGGGACCUUAUGUGUCCAAGAAUCCUAGAGAGGCCUAUGUGAAUUACAGGGACUUUGAUUUGGGCAUGAACAAGAAAGGUGUCACCAGCUUGAUGGAGGCAAGUUCUUGGGGUUUGAAGUAUUUCAAGAGUAAUUUCUACAGGUUGGUUCAGGUCAAGACCAGGGUAGACCCUGAAAACUUCUUUAGGCAUGAGCAGAGCAUUCCUCCUCUUCCUGUGAAGAAAGGGAUUCCUUUGACCGGAAGCAACCGACGCACCUUACCUACCGCUGUCACUUUCUUUGCCUCGGCCUCGGCACUUGUGACAAUUCUUUAGACCAAGUAUUGUUACAUGUGUUUCACCUAAAUGUGAAAAUAAGAGAUCUCUGUAGCAUUUCGCGAUAGGAAUGCCAAGAAAGGAAUCGUACUUGAGGGUAGAUUUAUUGAUAAUGGAUAACAACGCAAAUGGUGUAAAAGUAGAAAUAUUGAAUUGCAAAUACCAGUAAUAAA